AUGGUUCUUAUCCACACAAGUGUUGGAUUCUUCAAACGAUUCUCGACUUCAGCGACUCCAUCAACAUCCUCUGCUUCCGAUUGGAAAACCCAACAGACUCUGUUCCGAGUAGCCACAGAAAUAUCUUCAAUUCUCUUACAACGUCGUAACUGGAUCACUCAUCUCCAAUAUGUUAAAUCCAAGCUCCCAAGGUCAACACUUACUUCACCUGUAUUCCUCCAGAUCCUCCGUGAAACUCGAAAAUGCCCUAAAACCACUCUUGAUUUCUUCGAUUUUGCCAAAACCCAUCUUCGGUUCGAGCCGGAUCUUAAGUCUCAUUGUCGAGUAAUUGAAGUUGCUGCUGAAUCAGGUCUCUUGGAACGAGCAGAAAUGCUCUUGCGUCCUCUGGUUGAAACCAAUUCUGUGUCUUUAGUUGUUGGAGAAAUGCAUCGGUGGUUUGAAGGUGAAGUUUCACUGUCUGUCUCGCUUAGCUUAGUGCUUGAGUAUUAUGCCUUAAAGGGUAGUCAUCAUAAUGGUUUGGAAGUGUUUGGUUUUAUGAGAAGAUUGAGACUUUCACCUUCUCAAAGUGCUUAUAACUCUCUUCUUGGUUCUCUGGUUAAAGAAAACCAGUUUAGAGUGGCUUUGUGUUUGUAUAGUGCCAUGGUUCGAAACGGGAUUGUCUCUGAUGAGUUGACUUGGGAUUUGAUUGCUCAGAUUUUAUGCGAACAAGGGAGAUCCAAGAGUGUUUUUAAAUUGAUGGAAACAGGUGUUGAAAGCUGCAAGAUUUACACUAAUCUUGUGGAAUGUUAUAGCAGAAAUGGAGAGUUUGAUGCUGUGUUUAGUUUAAUUCAUGAGAUGGAUGACAAGAAACUAGAGUUGAGUUUUUGUUCUUACGGUUGCGUAUUAGAUGAUGCAUGUAGAUUAGGAGAUGCUGAGUUCAUUGAUAAGGUUCUCUGUUUGAUGGUGGAGAAAAAGUUUGUUACUUUAGGUGAUUCGGCUGUGAAUGAUAAAAUCAUUGAAAGACUUUGCGAUAUGGGGAAAACGUUUGCCUCUGAGAUGCUUUUCCGUAAAGCCUGCAAUGGUGAAACAGUGAGAUUGUGGGAUUCGACAUACGGUUGUAUGUUAAAAGCACUGUCAAGAAAGAAGAGAACAAAAGAAGCUGUUGAUGUAUAUCGAAUGAUUUGUCGGAAAGGUAUUACUGUACUUGAUGAGAGUUGCUAUAUCGAAUUCGCAAAUGCCCUUUGCAGAGAUGAUAAUAGCUCAGAGGAAGAAGAGGAAUUGCUUGUAGAUGUUAUAAAGCGCGGUUUUGUUCCUUGUACACACAAGCUAUCAGAAGUUUUAGCAUCUAUGUGUAGGAAAAGAAGAUGGAAAUCCGCAGAGAAGCUUCUUGAUUCGGUUAUGGAAAUGGAGGUUUAUUUCGAUUCUUUUGCAUGUGGAUUGUUGAUGGAACGUUACUGCAGAAGCGGGAAACUAGAGAAAGCACUGGUACUACAUGAAAAGAUAAAGAAAAUGAAAGGAAGUUUAGAUGUGAAUGCUUAUAACGCGGUUCUUGAUCGGCUUAUGAUGAGGCAAAAAGAGAUGGUGGAAGAAGCAGUUGUAGUGUUUGAGUACAUGAAAGAGAUAAAUUCAGUGAACAGCAAGAGUUUUACAAUUAUGAUUCAAGGGUUGUGUCGUGUGAAGGAGAUGAAGAAAGCUAUGAGAUCCCAUGAUGAAAUGUUGAGAUUGGGUUUGAAACCUGAUUUAGUAACCUAUAAGCGUCUUAUCUUAGGUUUCAAAUGA